UGCUUUAGCUGCUGGUCAUGUGGGUUGUAAGUUGGGAAAGUUGGUGUGUGGACAGACUGUGAGAGCCAGUUGGCUUAGACGGGCGUGUAGGGCUAGGGCGGCGGAAAGAUGAAAUACAACGACUGCGUCUUGUGGAUUACAUCUUUGCUCAUCUGCUUGUCGAUAAAAUCUACACACGAAGCGAGCGGAACGCGAAAGAGACGGUCACUAAAAUGGCAGACCGACUCAGCACUGCAGGUCCUGUCGGAGAUAUUUUCAGAUAUGAAGAGUUUUAAGGAGCAGGAGUUGAUGCCGUUCAUGAAAGUGCGGGUUUCAGGGACAAAGGCCAACAAGGAAGUGCAACAGCAUAUCAAGAAUCGCCUAAACCCAUUAGGAUGGACAAUAGAAGAGGACCAAUUUACAGAUUCUACUCCUCAAGGGACGAAAGAGUUUACCAAUAUUAUUGCUACAUUUAAUCCCAGUGCUGCAGAGAGACUUGUUCUUGCCUGUCAUUUUGACUCCAAGUAUUAUGAGAAGAUAGAAUUUAUUGGUGCUACAGAUUCAGCUGUUCCAUGUGCUAUAUUAUUGGACUUGGCAAAACAGCUUUCCUGUUUAUUUCACAAGGAACCGGCCAAGGAGUCUGCAAAAAAUUUAACCGUCCAGUUGGUAUUUUUUGAUGGGGAAGAAGCUUUCAAGGAAUGGUCAGCAACAGAUUCCAUCUACGGAGCCCGCCACCUUGCUCAGAUGUGGGCAGACAAACCAGACCCUGUAACUCCCUCACGCAAAUAUAUCAGUACCAUUACUGACUUCGUCCUGUUGGACCUUAUCGAAGCCACAGAUACCAGGUUUGCCAAUAUUGUUGUGGACACAUCAGAUCUGUAUACACAGCUAAAUAAAAUAGAGAAAAGUCUGGAGAAAAAGAACCUUCUUCGACGCCAGCAGCAGAACUCAAAUGGAUACCGACACCAGCUCUUCCCUUCUAUGUCGGCCAGGAAUGCCGGAGUGCAAGACGAUCAUGUGCCUUUCCAAGCAAAAGGUGUUUCCAUUCUCCAUCUAAUCUCGUACCCCUUCCCACAAGUCUGGCACACGAAAAGAGAUAACCUUGCAUCGCUGGACUUCACGCUAAUCGACGACUUCAAUCGCAUAUUCCGUAACUUUGUUGCCAGCUAUCUGCAGUACAAUGGACUUCAGGCCUCAGGAUGUAAAAAUGCCACAGACCGAGCAUCGUCAGAAGCUGAUGCUGAUUUCCAGACUGAUGGCGAGAUGAGCUGUGAGUCGAGGGCAACGUCGGGAGGCACGGCAGCCGUGAGUGACAGGGUUCACAAACUUUUGGUAGUUUUGCCAUUAAUAUUGUGGGAAAGAUGGUCUCACUCAAAAUAAUCAUAAUUUGUCUCAAUCUGGACCGUUUCUUUGUGAUAUUGUGUGCAUGAAUGUAUGGAGUCCGUGCUCAGUCUCACUUUGGGGAAAGAAUGGUUGGUACGACUUUUUUGUACCCUGGAUAGCAGUGUGUAAUCGGUACAGCUUAUGAGGGUCUGGGGCAACACGUGAUCUCAGCAUGAAGACUGUAUUUGGGACUGCCAUAGUUUAACAUUGACUUGCGAAUGUCUGGUGCUAACAUCAAGUGGAAUAGGGCUUAGGCCCCGUUCCACAUUGGAAUUUGUAGAGCUAUGACUGUCAUGAGUCUCUGAUAGAGCAGGAUGCCGUUGUACAAAGCAACCUCAACACUAUGCCAGUCGUAAGUCUAUGUUAGGGGAGUCACGGUCACCUUAGUAUUAAGAUUCCUUUGUACAACAGCACUCUGGUGACUUGCAAUUGUUUCAGCUCUAAGAUCACUUGCUGCCCUGUGACUGUCAUUCUGGUUUAUCCUGAUUUCAAUUGUUUGUGUUGAUCCUUUAAGGGUGGUUUAUGUCAAGUCCUUAUUGGAUAUUUUAUGUAAUAGAAUGGACCAGUUUUAAUAUCAUCAGCUCAUUCAUGUGGACCAAUUACUUAAGGCCGAUUUCAAGUUGGACAAUAGGGGUAUUGUGAAACUUCACUCAUCAGACUCUAUGUAUCAAUCAUACAUUGUUUUGUUUUAGCUGAGGGGCGGUGGGGUAGCCGAGUGGUAAAGCGUUCGCUCGUCACACUGAAGCCCCGGGUUCGAUUCCCCACAUGGGCACAAUGUGUGAAGCCAAUUUCUGGUGCCCCUGCCGUGAUAUUGCUGAAAUAUAUUUCUAAAAGUGGCAUAAAACCAUACUCACUCACUCUUCCAGCUGAAGCCACAGUUUGGGAUGUAACAGUUUUAAAGUAACCGAAAAUGACAAAUUACUGUAAAUUAUCUAAUUAGUGUCCUCUUGUAUUCAACACUGAUAUAAAAAUAUUCUCCCUUGCAUCCAUUUUCUCCAGAAUAACUUCUUAUUUAUUGAGAAUGUUAAUAAAUACUACAACGUCCCCACUACAACCCCAGCCAGCAGUCCAUGUGUUGAAUACUGAUGGUGGCCUGUGUUGGAGAGACGUGACAUGAUUGUUAUACUGGUGAUGGUGCAACAGGGCAUUUUGGGACUAAUAUGUUUAUCUCACAACUAUUAUACUGUUUCCAUGGUUACUGACACUGUAUGAAGCAUGAUAUAUUAUAUCUUUGUAUAUUUUCUUGUGAUAUAUCCAUCAUGUCUUGUUUAUUUGUAGUGUAAAUAUGUUCCUCAGUGGCUAAUUGACACACCUAACUAGAUACAUAAUGUUGUAGGUAGUAAUAAGGUCUUGCUUCAUGAAUGUAUGAGACACACAGUAAUACCCCCCUCUGGUGAUAACUUUAGGACCAUGUUUUAUACAAAGGGACAUUACUCCGUUAGACUUAACUUGUUAUUUGAUCAACAGAUUUUGUUUAAAAUGUUCAGGUUGUAGGUCAGAAAGGAAGAACAGGAGAGAAGCCAAUUAAGUACAGUACAGCCUUGGUCUCAUUUAUAAGCUGGCGUUCUUCUUUGGACUUCCAGUUUCCUGAAGUUUUGUUAUCUUCUGGUAAUUGAUAUUUGGAUAGAGAAUUAGGAUGGUUAUCCAUAAAAAUUUCAUUUUUUCCUGUUCUUCCAGCUACUGAAUGUCCAUCAAAAACAGAAAUCCCUGCUUAAAAAGCACUUAAACAGGGGUUGUUUACAAAGUAAGGUCUUGUCUUAAGUGUAAAAAGUCUUACCAUUUAUAUCAAAAUGUACAUAUACAAUUUGUUUUUCCAAUUUAACUGAAAAUUGGAUAUCGUCUUGGCUAAGUUAGUUUUCUAACAUAGCCGGAACUGGUGGUGUUUUGAGCUGUGACUGAAGAUGGCAUAUGGUAUCCAUGCACGGUGGUAUGGUGUAUAUAUCCCUGGGCUUAUAGAGCUGUAGUUCUGGGACACCAUGAACAAGACGGUGUUCAUGUUAUGUGUCAUCAUAUAUCAGUGUUAAACGUGACCAUUGUCAAGAAAGAAAACAUUGUUUCCAUAUUUUGUUGAAGGAAUAUAUUUUAAUAAAAUCAUGGGCGAUA